GCUACGUCCAUCAGCCUGCCCAGCCUGCCUUCUUCUCCUGCAUCUCACUGCAUCACUGCACUCCCGUCUCCAUAGCAACCGGCCAGGAAGGAGAAGGUGCCUUGAGCAUCACAUCACAUCCGCAGAGCCACAGAGAAGAGGAAGGGAGGGAAGGAGCCCAGGCUGCGAUGAUGAAGCAGGUGAGGGGAAGGAGAAAUGCCGCAAGCUGCAGGGGGCCGUGGGCAGGAGAGUGUCAAAUGGGGAGGGGAGUAUUAUGGGUUGUUGUUGUCAAUGGGCCUACAGGGUGCAUAGGUGUGACAGUGAAGCUGUGGGGCCUCAGUCAGUGUGGAAAUGUUUGGUGUGAGCUGGCAAGGCAUUCGGUGUGAAGAGGAGGGCAGCCUCAUUUGGGAAUAAGGCUGUGUACAUGACAUACAUUUGCAGCAUACACCCCACCCCAAGAAUCCUGGGAACUGUAGUUUGUUCCAGGUGCUGGGAUUUGUAGCACUGCUAGGGGUUAACCACAACUCCCAUGGUUCUUUUUUUUUGACUGGGUGAGUGUGCUUUAAACAAACCGGCUAUAAGAAGCCUAAGUUGCCUUUAAAUAGUUCUAAUUUCUGACAGGAAGACCAGCCAAAUUCCAAUUUGUGUCGCUUUUGCUGUGGAACGGCCAUGAUAUAUUUUUUUUAUUAAAAAAAUCUGCACACCUUUCUUAGUUGUCUCUUUGUAAAACUACUUACAUUGUGAAACAGCUGUUGGGCUGCCUCUUUAAAUAUUUUAACUUUGGUCACCUCCACUUUGCAGAAGGAACUCAAGGUCCUCCUGGAAAUUUAGCUUUGCGCAACUGAAGCGGUUUGAAGAGCUCGGUUUCGCUGGCAUGACAAACCCAUGCUAAAAAAACCCAUAAAACUCCUCAGGCUUUUUUUUUUUUUGCAGUUCAUAAAUCUUCCUGUUAAUUGUUUGCUCACCCCACACCACGUCUCAACCCAUUUCCUGUCACUUUCCUAACCGCAAGAAGUCUGUGUCUCUCUACAAAAAGUGGCAGCCAUGCUUCUGAAUAUUGGUUUGCUGGAAAUCGCGGGGGGGGGGGGGAGUGCUUUUGUGCUCGGAUCCUGCUCACGGGUUUCUCUUGUGAAUACCUGGUCAGCCUCUGUGAUAACAGGAUGCUGGACUAUAUGGGCCAUUGGCUUGGCCCACAGGGCUUUUCUUCAAUUCUCAUGGAAACCAUAGGAGCGCAGAGUGCUCUUGAGCUCUGUUCCCGCUUGCGCGUUUCCCAUAAUACACAUCUGGUUGGCUGCUCUGAGAACAGGAUAUUGGACUUGAUGGGUCUUCAGCUUGAUCCAGCAAGCUGCUCUUCUAUUCUUUUGAUUGGUUGAGCUAGGCUAGAUGUGGGGAAGCAGUUUAUUUAAAAGAAUUAUAUGAGUUGCUAGAAGCCGCAAGAGAGGAGAGUACUUUUUGAACUCAAGUCCUGCUUGUGAUCUUCCCACUGUUGGCCAUUGCAUGCCCACCAACAUUUCUCUGAUGAAAAUGUUGUUGUUUAGUCGUUUAGUCGUGUCUGACUCUUCGUGACCUCAUGGACCAGAGCACGCCAGGCACUCCUGUCUUCCACUGCCUCCCGCAGUUUGGUCAAACUCAUGCUGGUAGCUUCGAGAACACUGUCCAACCAUCUCGUCCUCUGUCAUCCCCUUCUCCUUGUGCCCUCCAUCUUUCCCAACAUCAGGGUCUUUUCCAGACAGUCUUCUCUUCUCCUGAGGUGGCCAAAGUAUUGGAGUCUCAGCUUCAGGAUCUGUCCUUCCAGUGAGCACUCAGGGCUGAUUUCCUUCAGAAUGGAUAGGUUUGAUCUUCCAUGGGACUCUCAAGAGUCUCCUCCAGCACCAUAAUUCAAAAGCCUCAAUUCUUCGGCGAUCAGCCUUCUUUAUGGUCCAGCUCUCACUUCCAUACAUCACUACUGGGAAAAGCAUAGCUUUAACUAUACGGACUAUACGGACCUUUGUUGGCAAGGUGAUGUCUCUGCUUUUUAAGAUGCUCUCUAGGUUUGUCAUUGCUUUUCUCCCAAGAAGCAGGCGUCUUUUAAUUUUGUGACUGCUGUCACCAUCUGCAGUGAUCAUGGAGCCCAAGAAAGUAAAAUCUCUCACUGCCUCCAUUUCUUCCCCUUCUGUUUGCAGGAGGUGAUGGGCCCAGUGGCCAUGAUCUUCCUUUUUUUUUUGAUGUUGAGCUUCUGCUGAACUACAACUCCCAUCAGCCCCAGCAAGUGUGACCAAUGUCUAAGGAUGAUGGGAGUUGUGGUUCAGCAAUGUCUGGCAGGUCCAGGAUUCCUUACCACAUGCCCUAGACUAGAGCAACCGAUCAUCGUUGUUCGUGACCAUCGUUUGGUCCCCUUCAACUUACUGGCUUCCAUUUCCUCCUAAAGUCGCCCACCACCCAACCAUUUUAAGCUUCCCAUCUGCUUUGUGCCAAAACACGAUGGGGGAAUGUUCCGGGGGUUCACACAGGCUGCGUGCUGCCUUCUUUUAACCUCCCUCCCUCCCCCACAUUUGGAAAGAUAAUUCCCCCGUUUGCUGGGAAAAACAUUCCUCAGAGAUGACAUCCCAUGCCUGGCUGGACUUUCCCCCCGAACUGGACCUCCUGUGGCCAUGCAACUUUCAGAUUCAUUUCAGCCACUCCCAAUGUAGCAAACGCCUUUCCUAAUUCCCCCGGAGGUUCAGAUUUCCAGCUGGAAGCCAAGUGAAUUCUUUUGGGUGUGAGUAAUUGGCCUUCCUGGUUCUGCUUGUAGAUUCCCAGCUACUGAAUUACUGGAUGUGCGUGAACGGCGCUUGGGUGUACAGUGGUACCUCGGGUUACAGACUCUUCAGGUUAUAGACGCUUCAGGUUACAGACUCCGCUAACCCAGAAAUAGUACCUCGGGUUAAGAAGUUUACCUCAGGGUGAGAACAGAAAUUGUGAGGCAGCAGCGGGAGGCCCCAUUAGCUAAAGUGGUACCUCAGGUUAAGAACAGUUUCAGGUUAAGAACGGACCUCCAGAACGAAUUAAGUUCUUAACCCGAGGUACCACUGUAUUUCUUUUUCACACAUUGAAGCUGCUUGAGUAAAUGCUUUCCUGCAGGCAGUUUCAUAAGGAGAGCCUACUGGAUCAGGCCAAUGGCCCAACAAGUCCAACAUCCUAUUUUCACAGUGGCCAACCAGAUACUUGUGGGAAACCAGCAAGCAGAAUAGGAGCAUGAGAGCAUUCUCCUUUCAUGUGGUUUCCAGUAACUGGUAUUCAGAGGCCUGGCAGCCACCAGCUACAUUGGUACCUCGGGAUACAGACGCUUUAGGUUACAUACGGUUCAGGUUACAGACUCCGCUAACCCAGAAAUAGUACCUCGGGUUAAGAACUUUGCUUCAGAAUGAGAACACAAAUCACACAGCGGCGGUGCGGCGGCAGCAGGAGGCCCCAUUAGCUAAAGUGGUACCUCAGGUUAAGAACAGUCUCAGGUUAAGAACGGACCUCCAGACCGAAUUAAGUUCUUAACCUGAGGUACCACUGUAUGGAGACAGAGCAAAGCCAAUGUGGCUAGUAGCCACCGCUAGCCCUUUCCUCCAUGACUUUCUUUAAUUCAUAGAUAUAGAUAUAUUGUUGUUGUUGUUGAGUCGUUUAGUCGUGUCCGACUCUUCGUGACCCCCUGGACCAGAGCACGCCAGGCACUCCUGUCUUCCACUGCCUCCCGCAGUUUGGUCAAACUCAUGUCGGUAGCUUUGAGAACACUGUCCAGCCAUCUCGUCCUCUGUCGUCCCCUUCUCCUUGUGCCCUCCAUCUUUCCCAGCAUCAGGGUCUUUUCCAGGGAGUCUUCUCUUCUCAUGAGGUGGCCAGAUAUAGAUAUAGAUAUAUAGAUAUAGAUUUUCUGUUUUAUACAUUUCAAUAAUUUUACAAUCAUUUUAACAUUUCAAACUUGACUUCCUUCCCCCUCUUUCUGUGGUUCUUUAAUUUUUUAAAAAAUAUUUUCUGCAAAUCCAAAUUAACUCUUAAUUUGCUCAUUUAUUCAUCUGCUUUAAAUAUACACCCCUAUAAAACUGCAGCUUAUUACAAUAAUCCUGCCAAUGUUCUUAUCCGUUUACAGUUUGUUUUGUAAAUAUUCAAUAAACCAUUUCCAUUCUUUUAUAAAAAGUUUGUUAUCUUGUUUUCGUAUUUUUCCGGUAAGUUUCGCCACUUCUGCGUAUUCGCCAUAAUUUUUUGCAUCCGUUCUUUUUUCGCUGGGAUUUCUCUUCUUUCCAUUUUUGGGCAAGUAACAUUCUUGCCACUGUAGUCGCAUACAUGAAUAAAUUUCAAUACACUUUGGGUAGUUCUGUCCCUAUAAUUCCCUAAAGGAAAGCUUCUGGGUGGUUGUUUUUACAGACAUUAUUUUAAACAUAUUUUUCAAUUCAUUCUAUGUCAUAUAAUUCUUUUUGAAGCCAUCUAGAUUGGCGGCUAUCACUGCCUUCUGGGGGGAUGAAUCACAUCCCACUUCCUGAUUCAAUUGAUUCUGUAUGGUGGACUUCUGGUCUUUGGGGAAAGAGGCUCAUGCAUGACAUCAACCGCAAAGGAAGGAAGGAAUUUCCACUACAUCCUUCCUUUGAUCAGUACUUUUAAAAAAAACAAAAAACGCAUGUGUGCUCGUGUGUCUUUUCCAGACUUUAGCAGACGACACUGAAGACGUGUCUCUUGACUUCGGAAACGAAGAGGAAUUGGCCUUAAGGAAAGCAAAGAUCAGGUAAAUGAAGUAAAUUAAUUUUAUUAUUUACAUGCCCUCCAACAUUUCUCCGAUGAAAAUAGGGACGUCCCAUUCCACAAUGAUAAUUUUACUACGGUAUUUAUACCCCACACAUCUUAUUGGGUUGGCCAAGCCACUCUGGGCAGCUUCCAGCAUAUAUAAAAACAUAAUAAAACAUUAAACAUUAAAAAAAACCCUUCCUUAUACAGUGGUACCUCGGGUUACAUACGCUUCAGGUUACAUACGCUUCAGGUUACAGACUCCGCUAACCCAGAAAUAGUGCUUCAGGUUAAGAACUUUGCUUCAGGAUGUGAACAGAAAUCGUGCUCCGGUGGCGCGGCAGCAGCAGGAGGCCCCAUUAGCUAAAGUGGUACCUCAGGUUAAGAACAGUUUUAGGUUAAGAACGGACCUCCAGAAUGAAUUAAGUACUUAACCUGAGGUACCACUGUAGAGGAUUGCCUUCAGAUUGCUCAGGGGUCAGAUAACUCAACACCCUCCAACAUUUCUCCAGUGGAAUUAGGGACAUCCUAAGGAAAAGCGGGACAUUCCGGGAUCAAAUCAGAAACCGGGACUGCUUCUAUAAAUUAGGGAUGUACCUGGGAAAUAGGGUCAUUGGAGGGUCUGUAUUUAUCGAUUUUACAAUUUGAAUUUAUAUUGCAACGUCCCUCAUCCAAAGGUGAUGUAAGUCGUUCUCCUGCUCCUCAUUUAAUCCCCACAACGACUCUGUGAGGUAGGUUUGGCUAAGAGACAGAGACUGACUCCAAGGUGAGCUUCAUGACCGAGUGGGGAUUUGAACCCAGGUCUUCCAGGCCCCAGGCCGACACUCUAACCUCUACACCACCCCUCCAAAAUUCAAUUGCAGAAAUGUGUGUUCAUAGGUCAUAAUUAUUCGCGAUAGGUAGGGAUGGGCCAAUGGGUCAGUUUCUCGCUUUCCAAGUUCAUUUCACGUUUCUGUAUCCUUUUGUGGAUUUCUGUUUGAGUCCUCCUGAAAACUCACCAGCGUUUCAGUGCAAACUUAUCCAAAAAUCACUUCCCGGAAGUGUGUUCAGUGCAAAACUCUUAAUUACUGCAAUUUCAAUUACGAUUGAGCUGUGCUGAAUCCCUAGCAAUACCCUACUAAGCAGUAGUAUCGCUGAAGCCUGUUUGAUAGGUAAAGGUAAAGGACCCCUGGAUGGUUAAGUUCGGUCAAAGGCAACUAUGGGGUUUCGGCGCUCAUCUCACUUUCAGGCCGAGGGAGCCAGCGUUCCUCCUCAAAGAUGUUGUAGCCCUGCGUUUUCACACUAUCAAGUCCAUUUUUUUGAAGGGCAAUUUAAGAAAAUCCGCAGGGAUCAGUGGUUUUGCAUAUGCACUUGACCCUGGGCAGAGGAUGCUACGCAUUAUAUGCUAUUCUGUAAAUUGUGUGAAACACCUAACCAAAAAUAUCUGGAGAAAAUUUUCUACCCUCAGUGACAUCAAUAUGAUUUCAUAUCUGUUGGACAGGCCCAUAAUGCUUAAUACAGCUAAAUUCACAGGGGAGCUUUCCCAACCUAGACAACCUGGUCACCCUCAAAAUUUAAGAUUUUAUGUUUUUGUGGUUUUUUUAAACGCUUGCUUUAUUUAUUGCAUAGGCCAAGCAUUUUCUUUUCAUGUGCAAUUAUUAUGUAUAUUUUCUGCUUAUACUAUUCUGUUUGGCUACAACCAGCAUUCGGUUUACCAUAAUAAAAGACAAAAGACAAAAGUGGAAAGGACCUCACAGAAGCAGAAGACAUCAAGAAGAGGUGGCAAGAAUACACAGAGGAAUUAUACCAGAAAGAUACGGAUGUCUCGUACACCCCAGGUAGUGUGGUUGCUGACCUUGAGCCUAACAUCCUGGAGAGUGAAGUCAAAUGGGCCUUAGAAAGCACUGCUAAUAACAAGGCCAGUGGAAGUGAUGAUAUUCCAGCUGAACUAUUUAAAAUUUUAAAAGAUGAUGCUGUUAAGGUGCUACACUCAAUAUGCCAGCAAAUUUGGAAAACUCAGCAGUGGCCAGAGGAUUGGAGAAGAUCAGUCUACAUCCCAAUCCCAAAGAAGGGCAGUGCCAAAGAAUGCUCCAACUACCGCACAAUUGCACUCAUUUCACACGCUAGCAAGGUUAUGCUUAAAAUUCUAAAAGGCAGGCUUAAGCAGUAUGUGGACCGAGAACUCCCAGAAGUGCAAGCUGGAUUUCGAAGGGGCAGAGGAACCAGAGACCAAAUUGCAAACAUGCGCUGGAUUAUGGAGAAAGCUAGAGAGUUCCAGAAAGACAUCUACUUCUGCUUCAUUGACUAUGCAAAAGCCUUUGACUGUGUCGACCACAGCAAACUAUGGCAAGUUCUUAAAGAAAUGGGAGUGCCUGAUCACCUCAUCUGUCUCCUGAGAAAUCUCUAUGUGGGACAAGAAGCUACAGUUAGAACUGGAUAUGGAACAACUGAUUGGUUCAAAAUUGGGAAAGGAGUACGGCAAGCCUGUAUAUUGUCUCCCUGCUUAUUUAACUUAUAUGCAGAAUUCAUCAUGCGAAAGGCUGGGCUGGAUGAAUCCGAAGCCGAAAUUAAGAUUGCCGGAAGAAAUAUCAACAACCUCAGAUAUGCAGAUGACACAACCUUGAUGGCAGAAAGUGAGGAGGAAUUGAAGAACCUUUUAUUGAGGGUGAAAUAGGAGAGCGCAAAAUAUGGUCUGAAGCUCAACAUCAAAAAAACGAAGAUCAUGGCCUCUGGUCCCAUCACCUCCUGACAAAUAGAAGGGGAAGAAAUGGAGGCAGUAAGAGAUUUUACUUUCGUGGGCUCCAUGAUCACUGCAGAUGGUGACAGCAGUCACAAAAUUAAAAGACGCCUGCUUCUUGGGAGAAAAGCAAUGACAAACCUAGACAGCAUCUUGAAAAGUAGAGACAUCACCUUGCCAACAAAGGUCCGUAUAGUAAAAGCUAUGGUUUUCCCAGUAGUGAUGUAUGGAAGUGAGAGCUGGACCAUCAAGAAGGCUGAUCGCCGAAGAAUUGAUGCUUUUGAAUUAUGGUGCUGGAGGAGACUCUUGAGAGUCCCAUGGACUGCAAGAAGAUCAAACCUAUCGAUUCUGAAGGAAAUCAGCCCUGAGUGCUCACUGGAAGGACAGAUCCUGAAGCUGAGGCGCCAAUACUUUGGCCACCUCCUGAGAAGAGAAGACUCCCUGGAAAAGACCCUGAUGUUGGGAAAGAUGGAGGGCACAAGGAGAAGGGGACAACAGAGGAUGAGAUGGUUGGAUGGUGUUCUCGAAGCUACCAGCAUGAGUUUGAACAAACUGCGGGAGGCAGUGGAGGACAGAAGUGCCUGGCGUGCUCUGGUCCAUAGGGUCACGAAGAGUCGGACACGACUAAAUGACUAAACAACAACAACAGCAUUCGGUUGCCUUGUUAGUGAAAUUUGAAUCUGGAUAUGGGAGGCUGUGGAAAAGAUGGCUCUGUCCCCAGGAACACGCCAACUUCUCAAGUCUCGAAGAGUCUCACAACGGUGGAACUGGGGAGACUCUGCACUAAAUGAACUAUAAGAACUUCAGAAAAGAUGCUCCAUUUUUGAAACCUCGGCUGCACGUUUCAAUGUACAUAGAAAGCUGAGAAGUUUGGGACUUUUCUGUUGUGUUGUUGUUAAACCACAGCUACUAAUACGACUCCACGUGCAACUUCAUUUUUUACCAUAAUCCACAAAGGGGAACCCCAGGCUUCUGUUAAAAACAACACCAGACAGAACAUACAGAUCUAUGAGGAAAUGAGAGACCCAUUGCUACUGUCUCUUUACAGCAAAGGGAUCUCAAGUGUGGCUGCUGCAAGUUGUCUGCAAGUAGAGUUUUUAAAUGUUUCCAUGCAUCAUCAUUUUUAAUUUUUUUGAAAUUACAUUCCAAUCCCUUUUUAAGAACAAACUCAAGCAGCUUGCCCAAAGAGCCCAUUAAAUGCAAUAGAAGUGGUUCGAAUGACUAAGAUGGAACCAAUACGUACCGUAUUUUUCGCUCCAUAAGAUACACCUGACCAUAAGACGCACCUAGUUUUUAGAGGAGGAAAAGAUGAAAAAAAUAUUUUGAAUCAAAUGUUGUACUAAACUAUUUAAAGCAGCAAAGUGGGCAACUCCUGUCUGCUUUGCUGCUUUAAAGCGAACCACGGAGGAGGGACGGACGGGAGCCAUGGCUCUCCUUCCCUUCCUCCUCUAUGGCUCGCUUUAAAGCAGCAAAGCGGGACCACAGGUAUGAAGUUUACGGCAUGUAAUGCCCUAAGAGAGAAUAUUAUGAAAAUGAUAUACAGGUGGUACAUAACCCCAGUCAAGCUUGCAAAAAUCUACCAUCUGCCCGAUAACAAAUGUUGGAAAUGUAAAGAAACUGAAAGUACAUUCUUUCACCUUUGGUGGACGUGCCCAAGGAUUAAGGUUUUCUGGGAGAUGAAUUAAAAAAGGUAUUUAAAUAUACCUUCUUGAAGAAACCAGAGGCCUUUCUCCUGGGCAUAGUCGGCCAAUCGGUGUUAAAGAAGGACAGAACUUUCUUUAUGUAUGCUACAACAGCAGCAAGAAUACUUAUUGCAAAGCAUUGGAAGACACAAGAUCUACCCACACUGGAGGAAUGGCAGAUGAAAAUGAUGGACUAUAUGGAAUUGGCGGAAAUGACUGGCAGAAUCCGAGACCAGGGAGAAGAGUCGGUGGAAGAAGAUUGGAAGAAAUUUAAAGACUACUUACAGAAAUAUUGUAAAAUUAAUGAAUGUUAGAAUGAUGACGGAUUGAAGUUAAGCGGUUUCUAGCGGUAAUGGUAUAAAAGAAUAUGGAAAAAUUGGUUUUUAAUAUCUAAAAAUUUAAUGUUAUAAUAUAUCAAGAUUAAAGAUCAGGAUUAAAAAGGAGGGAAAGGAAUCGCUGGACUAACAAAUUGAAUUGGAAUACAAAAGAGGGAGGUAUGAGGAGGUCCGGGAAACAAGUAGAUGUAAAAGAAGUGAUGAAAAGAUGGAAUUGUUUUUAACUGUUUUUUCUUUUUUGUAUUUUGUAUUUUUCCUUUUUAUUGUUAAUUUUCUUAUUAAUGUAAUCUUUUUCUUUUGAAAUUUUAAUAAAUAUCAUUAAAAAAAAAAAAAGCAGCAAAGCGGACAGGAGCCGCUUACACGUAACUCCUCCACGCAGCAUUCGCUUCAUAAGACGCACAGACAUUUCCUCUUACUUUUUAGGAGGAAAAAAGUGUGUCUUAUGGAGUGAAAAAUAUGGUAAUUCACUGGAAAGGUGCAUUUAAAAGGUUUUACGCCUAUACUUCCAUGCUUUACUUUGCUGCAUAUUUUGUGAUUUUAACUGUCUGCUGGGAUUCUCUCACCAGAGAGUACUUGCCCCAAACUUGGGUCUUGACUUCUGGGGGCAACACAAAACAGCUUAGCAUAUGGUCCGGAUCGUUCUCUUCUAGGCAUCCUCUGGCCACCUUCUUCCACCUCUUUUUCCGAGUGAGUGCCAUCGUGACCUACCUAGUCUGCGACUGGUUCAGCAAGAGUUUCAUUGCCUGUUUCGUCCUCAUUCUCCUCCUCCUGUCCUUCGACUUCUGGUCUGUGAAGGUAAGGACGCUCUGGGCAUCUCACAACUCUAACGUUAUGCCACCUUGCGCCAUUUUGUCUUUUAUCCAAUGGAAUGAAACAGUCUGCCAUCUCCCCUCCCCUUAGUCUCAGUGUUGCCCUUGUAAUGCUCCGCAGGGAGAAGGAGGAUAGGGAGAAAAGCAGACUCCAUUGGCACCGUCAGGCAUUAACUCUGGCGCCACCUACUGUUGGUCCUCCUGCCUUCUGCCCUCUACCAGUCCCAAUGGGCACCAUCCAACACUGCUUUCGUCGUGGCAUAAGUACAUAAGAGCCCCAAAGAUGGAUCAGGCCAGUGGCCCAGUUAGCCUGGCAUCCUGAUCCAAAAAUACAGAUCUCUCUAUGGAAAUGGUGUACCAGUGGUAUUUAACUCCUAGUAAGUUAGCAAAAAUGCAAGUACAAAUACCUGCUGGAAAUGUAAAGAAAAAGAAGGUACCUUUCAUCAUAUGUGGUGGUUGUGUAAGGUAAUAAAAACAUUCUAGGAAAUGAUAUAUAAUGAACUGAAAAAAUGUUUAAAAUAACUUUUAUUUAAAAAACCCCAAAAGCUCAGGAACCAGGAAAGAAUGGAAAACAUUUUUCAUUUAUUUAGGAGACCACUAUAAGCAGAUGAAAACAAACACUGUGGACAAUAUUGGCAGAUACAAAAUACAGAUUAUGAAAUAAUAUGCAGUUGAAAAAGUUGACAAUAGGACCCGUGGAGGGGAUGGGGAGAAGUCUGGAGAUUCCGGGAAAUCUCUAAAUAUGGAUAUGUAUUUGGUAUUGUUGCAACUUUACACUUGUGAAAUCAAAUAAAAAUGAUUGUAAAAAAACAAAAAUACAGACCUCUCUAGCUGGCUGGCUUUCACCCUCUCAUUUAGAACGUCACUGGAAGGCUGCUGGUCGGUUUGCGAUGGUGGAACCAGAUUGAUGAGGAUGGGAAGAGCCACUGGGUGUACGAAGCGAAAAAGGUAUUCCUUUACAUUGUCUUCCGCAGAGCAUAGAAGGGCCCUUGCCGGUGGACCAUGUGUUGUAGCGGCCAAUAUCUCAGUCGGUAGAUCCUGAGACUCUUAAUCUCCCAGGGUUGGGGCUUCGAGCCUCACGUUGAGCCAAAGAUUCCUGCAUUGCAGAGGGUUGGACCAGAUGACCCUCAUGGUCCUUUCCAAGUCUACAAUUCUAUUAUUCCAAGUGGUUCCCAAACUUUUUUCAGACCCCUCCCUCGGUUCCAUAAACACAUCAGCAGUGCCCCCCUACACCCUAUUAAAAAGCAUAAUUCGGAAUACAGUCGUACCUUGGUUUUCGAACAGAAUGCGUUCCGAAUGUGCAGGCGCACUGGAAACAAUAGCGGAAGCCGCAUCGGACGUUCGGCUUCCAAAAAAGCCGUUCAAAAACUGGAACACUCACUCCAGGGCUUUGAUCAUUCGGGAGCCGAAACAUAGAAGUGUUCAACAGCCAAGGUACGUCUGUAGUGGCUCACACAACCCCCUAAGGAAGAUAACAACACAGCAGAAAUCAAAACAGAAACAAUUAAGUGCACAUUUAUUCACAAUCCAAUUAAGACCAUUUAGUUUGAUUAAUUUGACAAAAUUGAUAAAUGUGAUCCAGUGAUACCAGCCUUUUACAUCUCCAGCAGCCCCCUGCUGCCCCCUUGCCUCUUAGCAAGGUACAGUGGUACCUUGGUUCUCGAACGGCUUAGUUGACGAACAAAUCAGCUCCUGAGUACCCAAAACCCAGAGGUGAGUGUUCUGGUUUUUGAACGUUCUUUGGAAGCUGAACGUCCAACGCAGCUUCCGCUUGAGUGAAGGAAGCUCAGCAGCCAAUCAGAAACCAUGCCUUGGUUUCUGAAUGGUUUCGGGAGUCGAACGGACUCCCGGAAUGGAUUAAGUUUGAGAACCAAGGUUCUAUUGUAAUCCUAGCUAAUGCCAAGUUACUUCCCACUUGGGGAACCACUGGUCUAAAACAUACAGGGAAAGCGCAGGAAGUGGUUUGUAAUGUCAAGAAUGGGGAGGGGGGAAGUGGAUGGAGAUAAUUUUUUUCUCCUCCCUCCUACAAUAUUGUUCAGAGUCCUCCAAUAGAUGGUAGACAGAAGAAAGGACUUAUUCAAAUAAUAUGCAAUUAAGUUUUUGACUACACCACUGUUGGAUGCACACAAGCCAUCCGAAAUGAGGAAAACCAAGCAACAGUUGCCUCAUUUAGGCCUGGAAUUUUUAUGCCAGCUUAUGUGUAUAGCAGGGACGCGGGUGGCGCUGUGGGUUAAACCACAGAGCCUAGGACUUGCUGAUCAGAAGGUCGGUGGUUCAAAUCCCUGUGACGGGGUGAGCUCCUGUUGUUUGGUCCCUGCUCCUGCCAACCUAGCAGUUCGAAAGCACGUCAAAGUGCAAGUAGAUAAAGAGGUACCGCUCCGGCGGGAAGCUAAAUGGUGUUUCCGUGCGCUGCUCUGAUUCACCAGAAGCGGCUUAGUCAUGCUGGUCACAUGACCCGGAAGCUGUACGCCGGCUCCCUCGGCCACAGAUGAGCGCCACAACCCAAGAGUCGGUCAUGACUGGACCUAAUGGUCAGGGGUCCCUUUACCUUUACUAUGUGUAUAGCAAGGGUGGUCCACAUAAUGAUAAUUUUAUAAUAAAUUUAUUAUUUAUAUGCCACCCAUCUGACUGGACUGGGUUGCCCCAGCCACUCCCAACAAAAUAUUAACAUUUAAUAUUAAAUAUAAUACAAUAAAACAUCAACCACUAAAAACUUCCCUGAACAGGGCUGCCACUAGAUGUUUUCUAAAUGCCAAAUCUGCUCAACAACUUUUGGGGUGUCCUGGUUUUUGCUUUUUGAAAAAUGGCAACCCUACCCUCUGCCUGCUUACACAUUUGGUGACAGAGGCCAUUUCCCCCAAACCACGCUCAUCUGUCCCACACCUGAUGCCAAGUGAUUCCAGGUGUGGGGGGUCUGGAAAUCUAUUGCAGUUUUUCAUUUAAAAUACUGCUUAGUUUUUUUGUUUUAAAAACCCAAAGCCAUGUGCAAAUGAAGGCAAUGUGUAUCAAACUGUAAAAUGAAGAUAAAAUGCAAUUCCGCAGUGACCAUUACAAUGACGUGGCCAGUAUUUCUUGACUAAACAAAAAAAAAGGCCUUUUUUUAAAUGCAUGGGAUCAACAUAUCCACCAAACGAUACCAAAUUUUAAGGAAGUUUAUUGCCAAUAAUGAGGAAAUGAAUCUGUUUUCCUAGAAUCAGAUGAUAUAUGGCAGAAGUUCCCAUUUCUGUUUAAUUCUGCGUCAUUUUUGCAGAGAUUUCAGCUGAUGGUAACCCACCCCUCUCUUUCCCCCGCUUUCCUCCUCCGUAGGUCCAGUCAACUGUAGCUGCCCCCACCGAAGUUGAAGCCCGGAUAUUCUGGCUGGGCCUGAUUAUCUGCCCGGUCAUCUGGACCCUUUUUUUCUUCAGCACCUUGUUUUCCUUGAAGCUGAAAUGGCUGGUAAGGUUGGACAAAAGUUUGCAAGAGCCCAGGGGGCAGAGAUGGGGCAUGGAGGGAGAGGAAGGCCUGUUGCACAGGCAGAAGUCCUUGCACCAAUGGGACAUCUCUGUUGGAUACAAGCCUAUAAGGAUGCAAUAAAUAAUAUUGGCUAUAGCUCUUCACACCCAGAUCAUAGCACAGGGGUCAGCAAACUUUUUCAGCAGGGGGCUGGUCCACUGUCCCUCAGACCUAGUGGGGGGCCAAACUAUAUAUUUUUUUGGGGGGGGGGAAUGAACAAAUUCCUAUGCCCCACAAAUAACCCAGAGAUGCAUUUUAAAUAAAAGCACACAUUCUACUCAUGUAAAAACACCAGGCAGGCCCCACAAAUAACCCAGAGAUGCUUUUAAAUAAAAGGACACAUUCUACUCAUGUGAAAACACGCUGAUUCUCAGACCGCCUGCGGGCCGGAUUUGGAAGGUGAUUGGGCCGGAUCUGGCCCCCGGGCCUUAGUUUGCCUACCCAUGUCGUGGCACGUGGAAGAACAGUCAUAACACGCCACCUAGCUUCUGAUAGAAAAACUUGGGGAUCCACAUUAAGGAAAAAAGCAAUAGAGUCACAGAAGUCUCUUCAAUCUAGGAAGGUAGCCAAGGUUAGGGGUGGAGAAAAAAAUUGACAGUACACAAUUAUAGACAAUUUAUCAAAUUCGCACUGACCUAGAACACAGCUGAAAUUUGUGCCUAUCUGAAUUUUGCAAUGCAGUUGUCCAAUUAACAUUUACAAGAAGGCAUUGAUAUUAGGGGAAAGCAUACAUGAAGAGAAAGAUAUUCAUGAAUAUUAUAGAUAUGAUUCUGUGAACCGUCCUGAGAUCUUAUGAUGAAGGGCAGUAUAUAAUUCUAAUUAAUAAUAGUAUUAAUAAUAACACAGAGAAAAAUGCUUUACGUUAGGGGAAAUUGCUUGCAAAAAUGGGUGCAUUCGUCAAAACUGCAUUUGUAUUUGUUAGGAGAAAUUCACGACAAAAUGCUGCUGGAAUUUUCACAAGGAUUUCAUAUACUUUUGCAAAUUUCUGCAAAAUGUGGAGAACUGAAUUUCAUAUUGGAAAACGGAAAAACUGAGAGAGCCGAAAUUGACUGAUCUAUCCAUCUCUAGUCAAGAUGGAUAAGUAACUCCCAACAGAAUAUCCGAGAAGAUAAUUUGUUUUUUGCAUUUCUGUCCCACCUUUUCCUCCAAGGAGCUCAAAGUGGUGUACCUACUUCUCUGUCUCUAUUAUUAUUAAUUAUUAUUAUUAUUAUUAUUAUUAUUAAUAUUAAGUGCACACUCAGUGGUGCAUUCUGUGCACUGCCAACACACUUGCUGGUAAACGUCCCAACCUGCUUCUGUUUGCUGUUUGUUGCAGGCUCUCGUGAUAGCUGGCAUCUGCCUCCAAGCUGCCAACCUCUACGGCUACGUCCACUGCAAAUUAGGAGGCUCGCAAAGCAUCCACAAAGUCACCUCGAGAUUCCCCGCGCAACAGAUGUUCCAGAGGGUGAGUUAGUGCUGGCUUGAGUCAAGGUGAGGGACGGCUGGUCCAUGUCCAACACCACAAAGGAAUGGAAAUGCAGAUUGCAAUUUUGAUAUGUCAAGGUUAAAUAGACGGACAACAUUGCUGUGGGUUGUUGGGGUUGAGUUUGCAUGAUACCUCGAGUCCCUUCCAAUUCUUGGGCUCCUGUACCCAGUGAGGGUUAGCAUCCAAGAGAGGAGGUUGCCGAUUUGGUCAGUCAAGUUUCUUUGCAAGUCAAUGAUCUUAGAUAGCCGCUUAAGUGUUCUUAAGGGACGCGGGUGGCGCUGUGGUCUAAACCACUGAGCCUCUUGGGCUAGUCGAUCAGAAGGUCGGUGGUUCGAAUCCCCGCGAUGGGGUGAGCUCCCAUUGCUCGUUCCCAGCUCCUGCCAACCUAGCAGUUUGAAAGCACACCAAAAAUGCAAAUAGUUAAAUAGGUACCGCUCCGGCGGGAAGGUAAACGGCGUUUCCAUGCGCUGCUCUGGUUUCGCCAGAAGCAGUUUAGUCAUGCUGGCCACAUGACCUGGAAAAACUGUCUGCGGACAAAUGCCAGCUCCCUCGGCCUUUAAAGCAAGAUGAGUGCCGCAACCCCAGAGUCAUCUGCGACUAGACUUAACUGUCAGGGGUCCUUUACCUUUAAGUGUCUUCAUCAGCAUCCCAAAAGAUAUGAAUAGAAUAGAAUAGAAUAGAAUAGAAUAGAAUAGAAUAGAAUAGAAUAGAAUGUGUAGCAUUCCUUCUAAAAAGGCCCAGGACGGAAGAGGGCAGUCUCUCGCUCUCCUUUUCUCAAUCAAUACAGCCUGAACACAAAGGGAUAUACCAUCAUACCUUGGAUCCUGAACACCUUGCAAGUCGAACGUUUUGGCUCCCAAACGCCGGAAACCCAGGAGUGUUCCUGUUUGCAAACGUUCUUUGGAACCCGAACGUCCGACGGGGCUUCCACGGCUUCUGAUUGGCUGCAGGACCUUCCUGCAGCCAAUCAGAAGCCGUGCUUUCGUUUCCGAACGUUUCGGAAGUCAAACGGACUUCCGGGACGGAUUCUGUUCGACUUCCAAGGUACGACUGUAUAGUCAAGACUAACAAGCAAGGCUGGAUAGAAGAGGAAAAGCAGUAGCUGCAGCGUUCUUCAGUUUUCGGGGACUGAGCGCGACUAGUUGAUGCAAUCUAACAGAGACAUCUGAAGGGGGCUUGGGCUGCCUGACAAAGAUGCAAGACAUUUUAUGUAUGUUGCAGGAUAUGCCAGAGGAUUUUCAGAAGACCGUCCUGAAGGGCAUGGGAACACGAAACCAUUAAGAGCAGAAAGAAGUGGGAAAAACUGAUUACCGGUAGGAACAAUUUGAUAGCACUGUUCUGGUGCUAAAGACCAUCAGCUUUUUGUUUGAAAAGCCCAGAUGCAACACCAUCUCCCACCUCCUAUCUGUUGCACUCAGUGGCACCACCCACCCACCGAGUCCCUGUCACCUCCCCUCUUUUGCAAGCUAUUCUCGUCUCUUCCUCUAUUAGAGAUUCUGGUAUUCCCCUCUGUCCAACUCAUCCCUAGCACAAAAGUUGGCAACUUUGGUUGCGGAGGAGGAACUGAAACAACCCCUUCCACAACCAGCCUCGGGAGCCAUCAGUCAAGGCUCGUCUGCCCCAUGGGCUCUGCCAAUUCCAAAGGGCGCUGUUGACCCACACUUUCAACAGACCCCCCUAAGUAGAGCCAGAGCAUUGUAUAGGGUAGGGGUCAGCAAACUUUUUCAGCAGGGGGCCGGUCCACUGUCCCUCAGACUAUAUUUUGGGCGGACUAUAUUUUGGAGGGGGAAAAUGAACAAAUUCCUAUGCCCCAAAAAUAACCCAGAGAUGCAUUCUAAAUAAAAGGACACAUUCUACUCAUGUAAAAACACGCUGAUUCCCGGACCGUCUGCAGGCCGGAUUUAGGUGAUUGGGCCAGAUCCGGCCCCCGGGCCUUAGUUUGCCUACCCAUGGUAUAGGGAUUCAGUCCAAUUCAGAUUUCAUUUCCUAGUCAGUCAUGUUCCCACUGGCCAGCUUACUUCUUCAAAGAAUUGGGAGUGUGGGACCCCAUUGCUGCUUUUCGAUGGGGCAUUGGUUCACCAACAAGUGUAUGCACUUUGGCACCACCUUUUUCUUGCGCUUAGAGGGAGAGGUAGUUGGGAGCGCUAAUUAGUUAUCCAAUCGGCAAGGUUUCCUGCCUGGAACCUUGGAAAGCCCCUGGCAGUUAGAGUAGACAGUACCAAACAAAGUGGCCCAAUGGCAUCAAUCUGUGAGAGGCAACUUUCCUCUUUCCUUAAGCCCUUUCUUCAGAAUCCAUGCGGACUAGAAUAUUUACCGUAUUUUUCGCUCUAUAAGACGCACCAGACCACAAGACACACCUAGUUUUUGGAGGAGGAAAACAAGAAAAAAAUUAUUCUGAAUCUCAGAAGCCAGAACAGCAAGAGGGAUCGCUGCGCAGUGAAAGCAGCAAUCCCUCUUGCGGUUCUGGCUUCUGGGAUGGCUGCGCAGCCUGCAUUCGCUCCAUAAGACGCACACACAUUUCCCCUUUUUAGGAGGGAAAGAGUCUUAUAGAGCAAAAAAUACGGUAAUUCUAGAGGCAGAUGUCAGUGGUAGAGCAUACAUUGCAUAAAUCCCUGGCAUUUCGAGGCAUGACUAGGAGAGACGUAUCUUCCAUCCUGAAGAGCUGCUUCUGGUCCAUGCAGAUAAUACCAAGUUUGAAGGACUGUUGGUCUGACUCUGUACAAUUUCCUGUGUUCCUGGGAACUAGUAGACAGGGAGGGGGCAGACUUUGCUCAUGGGCCUGGGGUUCCCUACUCUUUAAUGUGGCAGUGUUUCAGUUCACAGCCAGACUAAGAAACAAUGCAGCUAGUCCACCCCCUAAACAAACACUAACCAUUUGCUAUUUAAAUUAUAACUCUUAAAUGUAUUCUGAUCUUCCAGAUCCUUCACGGAGAAAGACUGGCAGUCAAGAGAACUUGCGGUCUAAAUAUGGAUCAUCCCCAACAACUUUAUUCAUCGGCAAUUACUGAAAACAAAACUGAGGCAGAAGCAGAAAUGACUGUGAGAAACUCUCCUUAAAGAGAGAGAUGUACGUUUCUAAAUAAAAGAACUUUCUA